AAUAAGUUUUUAUUCUAAAUCUAAAUAAUUAUUCAAGUAUGAUUUAUCUUAAAGAAUAUUAUUUAAAUAAUAUUAAUAUAUUUGAAAGGAAAAUUACUUCGAUAUUUGGUAUUCUCGUUUUAUUUGAUAAUUGGAUAUUUGUUAUUUGAUUUCAUUACAAAAAUAUAGGAAUAUAUUUUUAUCUCCACUUUUCCAUUUCUAACAAGAUAAAAUCUGAGUUUCUUAUAUAUCAGGAACUAUUUAUCAUCAUUAUCAUUCAAUUUUGUAUUCUUAUCUUUUUUAUCUUCUAUUAUUAUUUCAAAUAAUCAAACACUUGACAAAUGAAUCAUUUCAACUGAUCUCUCGGACAAGAUUUCAAAUAUUUUUAUUUCAAAUUGACCGAUCAUUUUUCAUCAAAGUUGUCCAAUCCCAAAUCGAAUCAACAUUUCAGACAUCUUAUGCAAUCUUGCAAAUUUCAGUGCGAUAUAAAAAAUGUUACCGAGGAGUAUCAGAAAAUAUGCGACGAUAUAACGGAACGAGCGGAAAACCUUUUGCAAAAUAUUCGGAAAACAUCGAAGACUAUGAUAAAUCAAUUGGCACAGGAUAUCGAAUCGACGAAGAACAAAGAGCAGAUGAUGUUGCAAGGGUUGUUGCAUGAUAUAAAGAAAACUCUUCAAAAGUUACUAGCCCUUGAUCCAAUGUUCGGUUCCCAUAAAAGGAAAUCUGUCAUGUAUUUGAACAACGAGGUCCAUCAAGCUUUCAACGACGUGGAACAGAACUCGAUUCCUCAAAUAAAUCGGAUGAUAGAGAUCGUCGAUAAGUUAGAGGGCGACGUGUUAGCCUGUAUCGACCGAGCCAAGUCUCUAAUAUUCUCGUGUAAAAAGUGUAAAACUUCCGAAUCGUUGGCGAAAUGCAUCGACGAAAAUGCGAAAUACGCGACGAAGAUAUUGGACAAAGCGUCGCAGAAUGCGGAGAACAGCUUGAACGAAAUGGAAUCAUUGAAACGCGAAACUUUGAACUAUCACAAAGCGACUUUGCACUGUAUCUCGCGAAGGUGUCGGAAGGAUAGCGAAAAAUUUUUGACCCAUUUGAACAAUUGCGUUUUGAGCGUUAGAAACGGAAAGAAAGGAGGAUCGCGUUAAUUUUUAAAAACAGGAAUAUAUAGUGGCGUGAGUAAAUUGCCGUUUCGUUUGU